AUGGCUUGGGAAGAACCUCGCAAAACGGGCAUGCAGUACCGUCGCCUUGGAAACUCGGGGCUGCAUGUUUCAGUCCUUGGUCUAGGAGGAUGGCUGACAUUUGGUGGCCACGUCGAAAAUGAGGGCACAUUCUCCAUUAUGAAGACUGCCUACGAUAACGGCAUCAACUUUUUCGACACUGCCGAGUCUUAUGCUGGAGGACAAUCUGAAAUUAUCAUGGGCCAGGCGAUUAAGAAGUUUGGCUGGAACCGCAACGAUCUCGUGAUUUCGACGAAGCUGAACUGGGGUGGGGCAAACGGAGAGGUGCUGAUCAACAACCAUGGUCUCUCACGUAAACACAUUGUCGAGGGUCUUCGCGCGUCUCUCAAGCGCAUGGAUCUCGAAUAUGUCGACAUCGUGUAUGCGCAUCGCCCGGAUCGCCUGACGCCCAUGGAAGAAACUGUCCGCGCCUUCAACCACGUGAUUGAGCAAAAGGGCUGGGCUUUGUACUGGGGUACUUCUGAAUGGUCUGCCGAUGAGAUUGCCGAAGCGUGUGGUAUCGCGAAGCAAUUGGGUCUCAUUGCACCAAUCGUUGAGCAGCCGCAGUACAAUCUCCUGGAGAGGAAGAAGGUCGAAGGCGAGUUUCAGCGACUCUACUCACGCUUCGGCAUUGGUCUUACCACCUUUUCGCCUCUCAAGUUUGGUCUCCUCAGUGGAAAGUACAACGACAGCCCAGACGCACCUCCAGCAGGAUCAAGAUUCGCAGAAGGCAAAGACCGAUUUGUCAGCAGCAUGCGGGAUAGCUACGGAAACAGCGAAUGGACAAAUAUGAUUAACAGCGCAAAAGCUCUGAAGCCCGUCGCCGAUAGCCUUGGUGUCAGUCAAUCGCAGCUUUCGCUCGCGUGGUGCUUGAAGAACCCAAAUGUCUCUGCAGUCAUUACAGGCGCUUCCCGACCAGAGCAGGUUAUUGACAACUGUGCGGCUUUGAAGAUUAUGAACAAGCUUACACCAGAGGUCAUGGCCAAGAUUGAUGAGAUUGUUGGCGAGAUUAAGCUGGAUCCUGCGCGUCAAGACUAG